GUUACCUCUGCCGCGUCGCGUCGCGUCUUGUCAGUCUUUCUAGCUUGAGUCGUCUUGUCACCCCUUUCUCUCUGCUCGAGGCGAGGUGGUAAAUGGAGGACAGGAGCAAGCUGCAGAAGCUAUCGUUGGGUGCUGAGGUCGUUGUGGCAUUGAACACUUUCGAUCUGUGCUCCUCUCUCGCCUGAGGGAGAGCUCACCUCUUGCUUGGCUCGGAGAAGGAGAAGCGAACACCGUCGGGGAGGAGAGCACACAGCUGACAGCCCUGCUCGGAGAAGCGACCACCGUUGAGGAGGCGGAGGAACACGCAGUCGGCGGCUAGAGCUUCGCUGCCGCCAACCUGUUCGACGAAAUGCCCGAGAGGGCAGACGACGAGGGCAGCACGGAAGCGGCCGUGGCCGGCGGCGAGGACCGCAUCAGCGCCCUCCCGGACGACGUCCUAAGGCACCUGUUGUCCUUCCUGCCCUCGCGCAACUCCGUGCGGACGUGCGUGCUCGCCAAACGCUGGCGCACGCUCUGGAAGUCCGUGCCCGCCCUGCGCAUCGUUGAUGAUGCCAUGCACGACGACGGCGAAAUGGAGCGCUCGAGAACGUUUGUCGACGAGCUGCUACGUCUCCGCGACCCAACGCCUCUGGAAGUAUGCGACAUCUACUCCAGCUAUGGGCAUCUGGAACUAUGGGACAUCUACUCCAGCUAUGGGCACGACUACGCCAACUACGACAAGGCAUUCCAGGGCAUCGAGCCAUGGCUCGAGUACGCUUUGUCGCAUCAAGUCGAGGUGCUACGAGUUAAAGCCCAUGCGUUGACGACCAGCCUCGCUCUCGUCUCUUUGCACCUCAAGAGGUUAGAGCUUACGUCAGUGACGUUUGAAGGCUCUAUGGAUUUUUCGAGCUGCCCGGUGUUACAUGUGUUAAAGAUGACAGGUUGUAGCAUCUCUUCGAAUAUCUUGUCACAAUCAUUGCGACAUCUAAAGAUCAGAAGCGCGUUCUUUGACCAUAUCAUCCGCUCUCGUAUUUCUGCCCCAAAUCUCAUUACCUUCAAACUAGAUCAAUAUGAUGGCUUGACUCCUUUGCUAGAUAUCAUGCCAUCGCUGGUGACAGCAUCUGUUGUUGAUGUGCUUGGCUUUGGGCAUUAUGGUGAAGAAAGCUUUUCUUUGGUUCUUGAAGGCUUGUCCAGGGCUACAAAUUUAGACUUACGAACGCUUUAUGAUCAGAAUUCUGUGUUCAUAAUGGAUUUGAAAUGGCGCCCUAUGUUUAACAAGCUGAAAACAUUGUCGCUCAAUGAAUGGUGUAUGGAUGAUGACUUCACUGGACUGGUUUACUUUCUUCAGCACGCACCAGUUUUAGAGAUGUUUACGCUACAUCUUUAUCCUAUAGUUGAACAGGAACAACAUGUGAUCGAAACAGAUGAAAGCUACAAUUCAAGUGAUCAAUCAUUUCUAUCAAAGCAUCUCAAGGUAGUCAAAAUCAUAGGUGACACGAAGGAAGAUCCAAGGGUUCACCAUAUUUUGAAAUUUUUCUGUACACAUGGAGUACCUUCUGAGAAAAUUCACAUCCAAUAGACUUCGUUUGCCUGCUUCCAUUUAGACCUGCAGGGGUUCAGUUGAGUUGGUUUACUUAGCCCCAUGUUGUUCAAACUUUUAUGUCCCUGGAUGUAGUACCAUGAAGUGUCUGCAUUUUUUCUACCGUGAACUCAUAUGUUGCUUGCAUGCAGUCGGAACAUGUUGAAGUGUCACCUUAUCCUGAAUUUAUCCCGUUGAAGGCCUUAUAUAUUUUGUUAAAACGUUUCA